AUGACCACGGCAGUUCCCUACCUGGCCAGUCCUACAGAGCCGCCACAGGACAAUCCGAACCACAAACAAAAGCUGCGGUCUGCCUGUGACUCUUGCCAUCAGUGCAAAGUAAAAUGCUCGGGCGGAUCUCCAUGCUUUCGCUGCGCAUCCAAAGGCUUUUCGUGUCGCUAUGGCUACCAGAACAGGGCCGGCAAACCCAAAGGAAGCAAAAAUCGGAAGACAUUAGAGAGGGCGCAUCAAAUGCGCAUGCAAUGGCUUACGGAGCAGCUGCGCGGGGGCAACGUUGAACUUGAUGAAAUGACCCUCAAUGCCACAGACCCUUCAGCCUUUCUACCAAGCCCCGCACUCUCAGUGAAUCGCUGGAAAUCGGCCCAUACUCCGCGGUCAUCCUCGGGCUCAGCGCCCCUAGACUCUACCCACAAAUCCGCUGCCGGAGAUAUCACAGAUGAAGCCCUUCCAUCUCCGCAUAACCUAGAUCCUUGGACGACGGAUUUGGGAUCAUUCUUGGAUACAACGCCCGGAAGUCGAUCCACUAGUAUGGAGUCAUUCACAACACCAAUGUCCUUCACAAACGGCGUCGGCUACUUCGGACCACCCAAUGAUCCGGCUACGCCCUUGACAUUCGACCUGCCGUCGCCUCUUCCCGACUUAGGUAGAAGCGGGACUAUCUGCGCCUGUGUCCAAAGUCAGGCCACCAACGUUACCACUCUGCACCAACUCACGUCUCACCAGUCAUUCGAGCGAUUUGAUCUUGCCAUGAAGUCUGUCACGGCCACACUUGACACCUGUGACAACUUCAUCGCAUGUCUGGAAUGCGAGAAGUCCUUUUCGGCGAUCCUUCUUACCCUCUCGGCACUAGAAAUGAUCUUCAAACUAUUCGAGCAACUCAUCAUUGGUCAUCAAUACCUACUUCCCCAGGAGGAACAUCGGAUGAUCUCCUGCUCCCUGGGGGAUUACAAAGUCAGCCAAGAAGAGGGGCAGGCCAUUCAAAAUGUCCUGCUCAAGAUGACACUUUCCAAGGCGAAGCAAACGCUGGAUUCGUUGCACACCCUUGUAACCGGGCCAAUGGAAUUCUUAGAUGAUACCGAAAGAUACGAAGCACCAGGGGCUGACAAGGGAUCACCGCAGGGCUUGGGAGGCCUUUCCAACGUUGAUCGGGAUUACAUUGUGCAAUGUAUUACCCGAAAGAAGACAGCCCUAGAUGUUCUGAUGACGACCGUCAUCGUCUAA